UGUCAGGACAGAGAGAUCUGAGUCUUUACUCUCUCCGAAACCCAGAGAGAAGGGUUUCAAGAGGGAAGAAAGGAACAAGAUAAGCUGAAAAGAACCAGAGAAAGAGAGAGAGAGAGAGAGAGAGAGAUCUAAGAAGAUGCUUCUGAGAAGCACGUCCGCUCGCAUCCUCAAGCCGUCAUCAUGCAUUCAUCAGACAUCGUCUGAACACGAACUGACCUUUCGGAUCCCAACAAGCCGACCCUUUUCCCUGAAUCUCUCCCCCUCCUCUGCUUUGUCUGACACGGAGAGGAAGAAGAAGAUAUCGAUGACGUCAUCGGAGAAGGAUGUGAGAGAGUUGCUCAAGCCAAAGAAGAGACUUUCCUCAAAAGGGUCCUCUUUAAUUCUGAUACAGGAGCCAAGAGACGGAGAACAAGAAGAAGAAGAGGAGAAAUACGGCGAGAAUCAGGCUUGUGCCGAGAAGUCGCCGUUUUGGAGCAUGUGGAGCUGUUCUGGGUUGAGUGAGGCACUGGUGGAUAAAAAGUGCAAUGUUCUGGUGGGUGGUGGCAUGGGGAGCGUUGAUGGCGGUGGCGGAGGUGGCGAUGGGGGGAGAGACCGGUGUGGAGGUUGGGGACAAGGGAGUGAGAGCCUGGAUGGGUACUAUCAGAGGAUGAUCAAAGCUCAUCCUGGUGAUGCUCUUCUUCUAGGAAAUUAUGCAAGGUUCUUGAAAGAGGUACAGGGCGAUGCGGAGAAAGCGGAGGAGUACUGUGAAAGAGCAAUAUUAGCCCAAAGGAGUGAUGAGCCAACAGAUGGUGAUGGCGAUGGCGAUGGCGAUGUUUUAUCUCUCUACGGCGAUUUGAUAUGGACUACACACAAAGAUGGCCCUCGUGCUCAAAGCUAUUUCGAUCAAGCUGUUCAAUCUGCUCCCGGCGAUUGUUAUGUUCUUGCCUCAUAUGCUCGAUUCCUGUGGGAUGCUGGAGAAGAAGAAGAUGAUAUUGGUGAUCGUGAUCGUGAUCAUGAGGCAGAGGAAGAACAAGGAUUUAAAACUAGUGAAACUUGCGUAUCUAAUUCCUCAACUGAUCACCCUCAUACUAUCUCUAAUCUAACUGCUGCUUAAGAGCCAUUUGAACUCUUCUAAUUACUAUUAUUCAGCAGCCCUCUCUUUCACCUCUCCCAACAUGCUUGUAAAAGUCUUCCAGAUUGGAAGGUUUACAAAAGAAAAAUUGUGUGGAAGGAUUUUCUGGAUAAAAGUUCUCAAGGAAAGUGCUUUUUCUUGGUUUAAUCUGGUUAAGAAAUGGUGGAAACAAUGAAAAAGAAUCUCCUAAGGAUAAGCCUA